GAUAUUUGUGUUACAAGCACAAACACAAUCAAAUCGAAAAAUGUUGUUAUAUAAAUUUUGUAUUGUUCAGUAGAUAGAUAGUAAAAUAACCGACAACAAAAACGCAAAUUUUAAGUUAUGGAUAGGGAUGAGAACAACUAUUGGCACUUAAAGCCACUGUACGAUAAGGCGGCAAUACGCAAUGUGGAGAACGUACAGGAGCAAAUCUCGGUGAGAAACCUGUUCCAGCUGUAUGUCAAUACAUUCAUUGGCGCCAACUUUGCGGAGGCAUGCAUGUAUUCGCUGGACGUGAGCAAGACCCGCAUGCAGAUGCAUGGCGAGGAGGCGAAAAAGACGGGCAGCAAGCCGCGCAAUAUGUUCCGGACUCUUUAUGGCAUUUGGGUUGAGGAGGGGCCGAAAAACCUUUAUGCCGGCUUCUCGGCCAUGGUCGUUCGUAAUUUCAUAUUCAAUUCAUUGCGCGUUAUGCUGUACGAUGUAUUCCGGCGCCGUUUCAUUUACGAAGAUGCCCAGCAUGCCCAGUCAAUCCGGAUACAUCAUGCUUUUCUGUGCGGCAGCGCAGCCGGCUGCAUUGCCCAGGCGCUGGCCAAUCCCUUUGACAUUGUCAAGGUGCGCAUGCAAAUGGAGGGCAGGCGCCGCCUUAUGGGCAUGGAACCGCGCACCUCAAACUUCGUAAGCGAUCUGGCUGCCAUCUAUAGAAGAUCGGGCGUGGUCGGCAUGUGGCGAGGUGUCGGACCGAGCUGUACACGCGCCUGCCUGAUGACCGCCGGCGAUGUGGGUGCCUAUGAUCUAUGCAAGCGCAAGUUAAAGAAAUAUUUUGGCUUGGAAGAGGGCAUACCACUGCGUUUCGCCUCCUCAAUGGUCGCCGGACUGGUGGCCAGUGUGCUCAGCAAUCCGGCGGAUGUGAUCAAGUCUCGAAUGAUGAAUCAGCCGAUCGAUGAGAACGGCAAAGGUCUAUACUACAAGAACUCGGUGGAUUGUGUCGCCAAACUGUUGAGAGAGGAGGGUUUUCUCAAUCUGUACAAGGGCCUAAUACCCUGCUGGCUGAGAUUGGGACCCUGGUCGGUGCUGUUUUGGUUGUCCGUCGAACAAUUACGUGUAUGGGAAGGACAGACAGGCUUUUAAAUAUUAAAUUUCAGUGAAUAUAGUUUCUUGUAAGGGCAGCGGUUGGCGAUUUGAAACGUGCCCCAGAUUUAAUAGUCAUAUCUACAUUUUAUCCUGUCGAAUAAAAAUUUUUUUUUAUUUCUA